UAAAAGAUGUAAAUCCUAUUAUCGAUGGCAUUGAGCUGGAGACGUACGAACCCGCUAAGGGGAGCGUCUUCCGUCAGCCCGAUGAUGCCGAUACGGGAUCCAUCGGGAACGAGUUCCAUCCCGAAGCUCAGCGGCAAAACUCGAGGAAAAAGACCCUGCUGAAAGGUUUCAUUGCGGUGGCAAUCAUCGUCGCCAUCGUCGUCGUAAUCGUCUGCCUUGUCAUCUUCCUGGGUCCAAAAACCAAAGGGUCCACAACAACGGCACCAACAAGGGUGACACCAACAGGAACUACGCCAACAGGAACAACCCCUCCUGGUACCGUUAUUCCUACUAUUAUACCUGGGGUAUCUAUUGGCGAUGUGAAUAUCGAAAUGACUGCCACCUUGAAUGGAGUUGCUUUUAGGCAAGAGUUUAAUGACCCCUCAUCUACUGAAUACAUGGAGUUUGUGAGCAAGGCAGAAGCCGAGAUCAUGAACGGGCUGCAGAAUAACCAGAUCGGAGGUUACGUAAUGAGUGCAAGUGUGACCAGCUUGAGUCCCGGAAGUGUGGUCAUGGGUGUAGCGGUUGGAGUGUCGGGUGAGAUCGGGAUGACUCUGUCCCAGGAAGCUACGAACACCACAUCAGCCUUCGACGUUCAACUAGCCGUAGCCAACCUGGUAUCUACCUCCAUCAACGAUGCUGUUACGACCACUCUUUCAAAUAAUGCUCAACUUGGAUCGUCAAAUGCCGAGGUUGAUAUCUCACAAGUAAUUGUUCCAGUUACGGCCGGUGGCACAGAUCUCCCAAAUGAAGUUACACCAGGGGGGACUUGCGAUGACGGCUUUUUCCGCUGCUCUGACGGUCUCUGCAUCCAUGAAUCAUUACGAUGUGAUUACCAGGAUCAUUGUAUAACAGGGGAGGAUGAGCUACUAUGUGGAGAGUGCACCAGUGACCAAUUUGAAUGUGGAAAUGGCAAAUGCAUACCGGAGUACUUUGUAUGUAAUUAUCUUCCUGAAUGCCAAGAUUUCGAAGAUGAGACUGGAUGUGGUCAAGGAGAGAAAGUAAACAUCACUCUUGUUCAAGGGACACCGAUGCUCGUCCAGAACCCGUCAUAUCCCAACCCGUACCCUGCUCUUGAGAACCGUUACUGGGCUAUCACCACCGAGGACCCUGACCUCAUCAUCGGAUACACUUUCAUCGAUAUCGAACUGAGACUAGGAGCCGUCUUGAACUUUGAAAACGGAACGGAUGUGAGUCACCCUGUGAACGAUUUGGCGAGUUAUAAUUACCGCUUCCAACCAGAAGGUGUCUUUGCUCUACAAACCAAUGCGGCGUUUAUGUUCUUCUAUCCCGGACCGUACCCGGGAGGGCGUGGCUUCCAAAUUGAACUCAAUGCUAUUGAACCGUCCACUUUCACACCAGCACCAUGCGUAGAUGGACAAUUCCAAUGCGCCAGCGAUGGAGAGUGUAUUCCCAGCUACUGGCAGUGUGAUUAUAUUGUUGAUUGCGCAGAUGAAACAGACGAGGAUGUCCAGGUUUGCGCCAAUCUGCCGGCUCCAGGAGAGUGUGUGGAAGGCAACCACCAGUACCAAUGUGAUGACGGUUCAUGCAUCCACAAUUCCUGGAAAUGUGAUUGGUAUGAAGAUUGCCCCGGAGGAGAGGAUGAGUUAUACUGCGACUGUGACCAAAGUAAUUCAUUUCAAUGUGUACCCACCGACAGGUGCAUUCCAGACUUUUGGGUCUGUAACUGGUUCUUUGACUGUGAAAACGGAGCAGAUGAAACAGUAUGUGGAGGGCCAGACUCUACAGAUGCAAGGUUUUUAAGCCCUGGGGAGUCUUUUAACUUUACUUCGCCCAACUAUCCAAAUGAAUACGGUGCCAAUGUGUACUAUCUUUACACCUUCGAGACCAGUCAAAGCUAUCAAAUUCAGAUCGAUGUCUAUCAAUUUUCCACUGCCCUCGGAGGGUUCACAACUAUUGGCGAUGGGCUCGAUCCAACCAAUCACAACUCUGCUCUUGCCUAUCUGAACCACUAUACCCAAGUCCCAACCUCUUCAACAAUAAGAGUUACGUCGACUUCGUAUACACUCUGGCUGGAGAUUCACGGAGGCCCGUAUGGAUUUGAUGUGUUGUAUGCAUCGGCAACCUCGAUACCGCUUACUUGUGAAGCGGACGAGUACAUAUGCCCUGGGUACUGCAUUCCUGGUGAUUUUGAGUGUGAUUUCUGGCAUGACUGUCUCAACGGAGAGGACGAGAUGGGAUGUGGUCAUGAAGAAAGGAUCAAUGAAUACACCCUCGACCUGGACAGUUCUCAGGUAUUUACGUCACCGAACUACUCCUCCCCUUACGUGGGCGACCACGGGCUGUACUACUGGUCGUUCGAUGGAUCGGCCGUGGAAGGCGAUUACAUCAUCCGGUUCACCUUCCACCCCUACAACAUCAGUGCUUCGUCGUACGUCGCCUUCGGGAGCGGCCUGGACUUCACCAACCAAAGCUCUUUCUACGCCGUUUAUGGAGGACAGGAUGACCUUGACCUUCAUCAUCAUUACUCCGCGGAGAACCAGGUGUGGGUGGAGUUCUACGUGGGCGGGGAAAGCACUUCCUACCCCGGUUUCUCUGCUACGGCUGAACUCAUUUUGCGUUCGGACCAAUGUGCUGAAAACCAGUUCCAAUGCCCUGACUUAACCUGUAUACCUCUAUUCUACCAAUGUGACUUUUAUCCUGAUUGUGUGCCUGGCUAUACCGAUGAACUUCUUUGCCCGCAUCCUCCCGUUGUUCACCAGGAGAUUAUCCUGGAAACUUCCUACGACUUCACGUCCCCUCUCUAUCCUGCAAGCUAUCCCGGCAACAGCACGUUCUUCCCCUACACCUUCUCAUCCCCCGACCCAAGCAAGCACAUCAUGUUUGAGUUCUCCGUCUUCCAAGUCGGCCUAGGCGGCGCUCUCUCGUUCGGGACGGGGCACGAUUAUUUCAACUUCCCGUCAACUUUCGACGUGUUCCACUCAAACGUGGCUCCUACGACUGUGUAUGCACAAUCGGACCAGGUGUGGGUGGAAUUCUUUUCCGGUUUUACCGACGGUCAGGGAUUCCGCGCGACCGUCUCGACGUAUCCUGCUGGUCUCAUCCCUCCCACGGUGGUCUGUGAUUCUAGCCAAUGGGCAUGUCACGAUGGACUGUACUGUAUUCCACUAAGCUAUCGAUGUGAUGGUCAUCAGGACUGUCCCUCCAACGGAGAAGACGAACAUGGAUGUCCUAAUUCAAACUGCAGAGAGUACCAGUUUGAAUGUAAAAAUGGAGCAUGCCUUCCUGAGCAUUCCCAGUGUAACGGCCUAGAGCAGUGCUCAGAAGGAGAAGAUGAAAUAGGCUGCGGGCAUCAAGGAGAAUGCACUGAUCAACAGUUCCGAUGUACUAACGGCACGUGUAUUCCGGGCCAUCAGAGAUGUAAUUACUUUGAAGAUUGCCUAGAUGGAUCUGACGAGAGUCAAGCAGAAUGUGGACCCUGUAAUAACCUGGAUUCCUACACUUGCAAUGCCGGUAACUGCAUCCCUCUCUACUGGCGGUGUGAUUUCUACAUUGACUGUUACGAUGGCGAUGAUGAAAUGCAAUGCCAUUUCCUCAAUGAUCCAACCAACAUCACAUUGGCAGUGGGUGAACAAACCAACAUCACCUCCCAGAACUGGCCCGACUCUGCCGACCCGGCCAUCUACCAACUCUGGCAUAUCACCGCCCCCGAGGGUGCGCUGAUCCACGUCGACUUCCUUGAUUACGACCUCGGCGUCCAGUCUUUUAUCGUCUUCUCCGAUGGUCAUAUGGUGGGCGACCACUCCAAUGAAUGGGCGUACUAUGGCUACCGGUUCAAUCCCGAAAUCCUUCUCUCUCACAAUAACACCGUCUCGGUGCAGUAUUUCAGCGGAGCCUACGUCGGAACCCGAGGCUUCUUCAUCUCGAUGAGGGCAGUGCAUGGUGGCCAUGUCCAUCCUGCGUGUGCGGACACAGCUUAUCAAUGCGCUGUUGAUUCUGAGUGCAUCCCCCGAUGGUGGUUAUGUGACGGGUAUCCAGAUUGCUUAGAAGGAGAAGAUGAAGCAAACUGCACAUACUCCCCUGCAGGCGAGUGUGGUGUCCAUGCAGAUGAGUACAAAUGCAAUAACACAGACAUAUGCUUCCCGGGUGCUUUCAGAUGUGACUACAUGCCAGAUUGCCCAGAACAUGAUGAUGAAUUCAACUGUAAUUGCACAGGGAAUGAAUUCAAAUGCUUGAGGAAUGGUCAAUGUCUUCCAAACCACUUUGCAUGUGAUUUCUACUACAACUGUGGCCCGGAAGACAGAUCAGAUGAAAUCGAAGGAUGCGGAACACCAAAUUCAUUAAUUACAAAGAACCUUCAACUGGAACAGCUUUACACCAUCUUAUCGACCAACUACCCAAACCCGUACCCACCGAGAGACUAUCUGGUCUCCAUUAUCUCUGCCCCUGAUGAUUACGUUGUCCGUGUGAUAUUCAACGAUUUCUCCAUCGAUUGGAAAGGUUUCCUCGCGUUCGGUCACGGCAGUGAUUACCACGAUCACGAUCAAGCUUUUGCCGUGUACAACCAUCAUGACAAGAAUCCAGUGAACUUCUACACACCCACCAAUCAGUUCUAUAUUGUCUUCCAUGGCGGUCCCUAUGGGCAAUCCACCGGUUACAAUAUCAGUAUGAUCCCGAUAGAAAAAACAGCCACUCCAACUGUGAUUCCACCUGGUACGUGUGAGCCAGGGCAGUUUGCUUGCUUUGACGGAACGUGCUACCCUGGGAUAUAUGAGUGUGAUGACAUCGUUGACUGUGAUCAAGGCGAAGAUGAGGCAAGGUGUUACGCAACCGGAGGUACCUGUCAGUCGCAUCAGUUCACAUGUAACGAUGGUUCUUGUAUCCAUGGCGACUGGAGGUGUGAUGAAUUCUUCGACUGUGCUGGCGGAGAAGAUGAACAAGAUUGUCCCUUCAGAUGCUUCCCGGGCCAGUUUCAAUGUGAGGUAACUGAAACGUGUAUUCCGCAGGGAUUCACUUGCGACUACUAUCCCGACUGCGCUGACGGCGCGGAUGAGAAAAUUUGUGGUACAUGUGGAGCAGGAUUUUUCAAUUGCAGUGACGGGGCCUGCAUCCCAGACUACUACGUUUGUGAUGCAUACAACGACUGUUUGACGGCGUUGGACGAGGAUAGCUGUGGUACCAUCGAAAACACUGAAUAUAUCACUCUUGGCGUCGGAGAGGAGCAAACCAUCCAAUCACCUGGCUAUCCCAAUGCCUCUGCCCACGAUGCGCAUUGCUACCUCGAAUGGAUCGUCAACGUUCCCGACGGCUAUGCCAUUCACCUAGUCGUCAACGACUUCUCGAUACCUCCCGCGGCCUGGCUUCAGAUGGGUACCGGUGACGAUGCCGACAACGACACCAGCCGCUAUGCUGUUUACUAUGCCAGCACCAACCCGAGGGAGAUCGUCCUCCCUGAUAGCACCGCCUGGAUCUCGUACCACUGCGGAGCGAUCGGGUUGGCGCGAGGUUUCUCUAUUACGAUCGGACCCACAGAUAUAACUACUCAUAACUACACUGCUUGUGAGGCGGGUGAAUUCCAGUGCAACGAUGGCCACUGUAUCCCAUCUCAUUAUCUCUGUGAUGAUUUCAAGGAUUGUUCGCAAGAAGAGGAUGAGAACCAUCUCUUGGGUCGUGUAAACUGCUCAUCGUUUAACCACUAUGAUUGUGGAACCUUUGCUUCAGAGUCACAGUAUGAAUGCCCAUCAGGACUUUGUAUACAUUCUGACUGGAGAUGUGAUGGCGAUUUCGAUUGUCCAUCAGGCGCAGACGAAACAAUGUGCGGACCUUGUCAGGAGACGGAGUUUGAGUGCCCUCACCAACAAUGCAUCUCAGGAAAUUUCAGAUGUAAUUUCUUCCUGAAUUGCCUGGGUGGCUUUGAUGAUGAACUCAACUGUGGAACACCAGAUACUACAACUUACAUCUACCUUAGACAGAACAGCACAAACAUAACGUCUGUAAACUACCCCUAUGACUACAAAUCAAACGAGAAUUAUGAGAUAAUUGUCAGCGUCGAUCCGAGCCGAGCGAUCCGCGUGAUCUUCUACGACAUUAAUCUCAGUAUUGACACCUACUUGGCUUUUGGGCAUGGUAACGACCCUGAGGACUUCGACAAUCUUUUUGAGUCGUAUUCUCAUCAAUCUACCGUGCCCGCAGAGUUCAAUUCAAUCACCAACGAGAUGUUUAUCAAGUUUCACUCUGGGCGGUAUGGAGGAAUGGCCGGCUAUUUGAUAGGGUUAGAAGAUGUAGACCCAACAGAUACAACCUUUGCACCAUGUGCUGAAGGUCGAUUCCAAUGUCCCGGUGACGGGGCGUGUAUACCCCUCAUUUGGGAAUGUGAUGGUGUAACUGAUUGCGGAUUCGCCGGAGAUGAAAUCAACUGCCAAGUCCCAGAAGGCGAACUUUGUCAGGAGCAUCACUUCACGUGCAAUAACUCACAGUGCAUCCGUGCCAGUUGGGAAUGUGACAACGUUGAAGACUGUUCUGAUGGUAGUGACGAGGAAAACUGCCCUUUCUUGGGGUGUGGCGCUUCUCCAUUUCUGUUUGAAUGUUCCGCCAGCCAGCAAUGCAUCCUUGGCUUUCGAACAUGUAACCACGUGGCAGACUGUGACUUGGGCGAAGAUGAGGCUAGUUGUGGUGACUGUCAAGAUGGGUUCUUUACGUGUUCCAAUGGAGGCUGUGUUCCAGAGUACUGGCGCUGCGACGGGGAUAACGAUUGCUUUGAUGGUGGCGAUGAGAGGAACUGUGGUGUCAUUGGAACUAUCGAGAACGUCGUUCUAACUCAGGGCGAGACACAGCAAGUCAGCUCACCAGGCUUCCCGAUGCGCUACGAAUCCCUCUGCUACGUCGGUUGGCAAGUCACCGUUCCGGUCGAUCGUUAUGUGCGCUUUGAGUUCGUGGGCUUCGAUCUGGCUCUGGCAUCGUAUGUCACCGUGGGAACAGGCCUCAACCACAGUGACCAUGACACGUUUGUAGCUGAAUUCCAUCACAGCCACGAGCCGAGGCAAUAUGUCGUCCAAAGCAACGAGGCCUGGCUUGAAUUCCACUGCGGACCGUUCGGAGGUGGAGACGGGUUCCAAAUUAUUAUAUCGGCCGUUGAUCCAGACACUUACAUCCAUCCAACUUGCCCUAGCAAUGAGUUUCAGUGUUCUGACGGGAAUUGCAUCGAGACCUUUGACCUUUGUAACGGAGUAAAGGAUUGUUUGGGAGGAGAGGACGAAGAUCAAGACUGCGAUAAUUUUGAUCAUUCUGAAUGCGGAACCAAUGACGACAAAUUUGUGUGUCAUACACCGCUAGGUCCCUAUUGCAUCUAUCCACAGUACAGGUGUGAUGGGAUACGGGAUUGUUUCUAUAGUGAGGAUGAAACAGAUUGUGAAUGUCAGGAAAAUGAAUUCCAGUGCGUCGAGACUAAGCGGUGUAUCAAUGCCAAAUACUACUGUGAUAACUUCCAGGAUUGUUCUCUUCCCGGUAUUGAGGAUAGAUCCGAUGAGAUGGGCUGCGCCAAUUUAAACAACACAGUGAGUUACAACUUGACCAAUCCUAUCAACAUCACAUCACCCAACUAUCCCGGAGACUAUCCGAAGAACGAUUACACCUUGACGCUUGUCACCGCGCCGGAAGGAAUGUUCGUGCGGGCACGAGUUUUAGAUCUUGCCGUCAGCCACUCCACGUUCAUCGUCUUCUUGAACAGCCAUGAUGCAGAGCCGGGAAAUUCCAAUUUCAUCGCGUCGUUGGGGUUCGGCGACGACGAAACAGAGAUACUUUCGGAUGGGAAUAUGAUGGCGAUUAAAUUCUACUCUGGUUUCUAUGCGCAAGCACGAGGUUACCUCAUAGAGCUUUCAUACAUGGACGAGGCGACAUGUGCCCCUGAUGAGUUUACGUGUGAAGUAGGUGGAUGUAUUGAUUACAGUGAUGUGUGCGAUCUUUUCCCGCAUUGCCCAACUUUUUCUGAUGAAAACAAUUGUCAAGUGCCAGCUGGAGAUCAGUGUCAUCCAUUGCUUUUCACUUGUAACGAUGGGAGGUGUAUAACCAUGGAGUGGAGAUGUGACGAAAUCAUUGACUGCUCGGACGCCGAAGACGAAGCAAACUGCACCAAUCCAUAAAUCGCUGCUCUCAUCUGGGUGUAGUCGCACAAAUCUUAGCGACUGAUCGUAUGAUUGAUUUUUUCACGAUUGAUUUCCCCAAUUGAUCGUAUGAUUGAAUUUCAAAAUUGAUCAUAUGAACAAUUUUCACAAUUGAUUGGAUUUCAAAAUUGAUCAUAUGAUCAAUUUUCACAAUUGAUCGUAUGAUUGAAUUUCAAAAUUGAUCAUAUGAACAAUUUUCACAAUUGAUUGAAUUUCAAAAUUGAUCAUAUGAUCAAUUUUCACAAUUGAUCGUAUGAUUGAAUUUCAAAAUUGAUCAUAUGAACAAGUUUCACAAUUCAUUGUGCAAUUGAAUUUCAGAAUUGAUCAUAUGAACAAUUUUCUCAAUUCGUUGUGCAGUUGACUUUCAUAAUUAAUCAUACAAUUGAAUUUUUAACAGUUCAUUGUGCAAUUGAAUUUCAAAAUUGAUCAUAUGAACAAUUUUCACAAUUUGUCAUGCAAUUGAAUUUCAGUAUCGAUCUUUUGAUUAAUUUUGAAAAUUGAUUGUCAAAAAAGCUCAGAACGACAUCAAAUCUUCUGAAAAGCCCCCCCCCCCAUCCGAAUCACUGUGUUAGCAGUGAUGAAACUGAUAGAAAAGUAUUCAUUGUAAAUAAUGAAGUAAUAACAAUUAUUCUGAAGAAUAUAGUGAUGUUGUUCAUGAUAAAAUACUGUAAUGAUAUAAUGAAAAUAAUCCUGAAGAAUAUAUUAAUAUUUUUUUUAAUAUGACAAUGAUAAUGAUAAAAAAAUUCUAAUGAUGAUGAUAAUAUGCAUGUAAUAUCAAUGCUCAUUAUUUUGUACGGAUUAAUAGUUUAACAUUGUGAACUCAAAAAAUAUGAACGUCAGGGGCCCAUCUAACAAAAAGUUGCGAUUGAUCCGAUCAAUCACAACUAUGGACGGCCAGCAACGUCGUCAUCUAUUAUGCAUGUUUGUUCAAAAUAUUUUCCAGCUAUGAUGUAUAUUCAUGCAUUCAUUGUUUCUUGAAAAUUCACUGUGCUUCUCUUUGUUUACGAAGGACAUUGUGCAAAUUUCCUGUAGAAAAAAAUUAUGACACUUACGGAUUUCCAUAGAGUUACAAUUGAUUGGACCAAUCAUAACUCUUUGUAAGACAGGGCCCAGCCCCGUCUUUCAAAGAUUCAUGAUUGAUCCAAUCUAUCAGUGUCAUCAUUUUUUUCUACAGGAAAAUUUGCAAAAUGUCCUUUGUAAAAAAAAAAGGAGAAUGCACCAAAUUGUCAAGAAAUCAAUGAAUUUAUGGAUAUACCUUCAUAUCUAAAAAUUUUUAAAAGAAACAUGCAUUUUAGAUGAUGACUUUGCUGACUUUCCAUAGUUGUGAUUGAUUGGAUCCAUCGCAACUCUUUGUAAGACUGGGCCCUGGAGUUAGGUACCUUGUCGAAAGUUAGCCAUGCGUCAUUCAAUGGCAAACGCCGGAAGCAGCCAUUCAUCACCGAUUCUCCCAUUUCAGAACAAUUGGGAGUGCAAGAAAGCCACUGUGAAAAGACACAUACAUGUAGUGCCUUCAUAGCAGGAAUAAGCCCCGCGUUAGCAUAUAUGUAUGAUACGUAUGUGCCGUGGUCGAAACCCCCUAAAUUUCUGUUCCAGAGCAUCACCAAUUUAGAAAUUCCAUAGAAAUUCCUAUUUUCCCCAUUCCAGAGACUUUGUGGUUUCUCGUUCCAGUGGGGCGCCAAUCAUGGACUACUCAGCUGGUCGGGGUGGCGAGCUCGAUCGACGCGGAGUCAUAUGAGUUCCGUUGACACCCAUUUUUUAUAUGGUCAGUUCCAGAGCAAUGCAUUUUUAGCAAUCGUUGAUUCAAGGGCCAUUCCGGAGACCCCCAUUUUAAAGACCAAUAUUUAGUUCCAGAGCCCCCUAUUUUCGACUUUGGUGUGGUACAUCUAUUAGGAAUCAUGUUAUUAUUCGAGUAGCCCCCCCCCCCCUCCCCCUUCCCGGAUUAAGAUCCAACACCAAAUUUUGACAAGGUACCUUCAACUUUGGUUUACAAUGAUUAGGAUACCAAUUGGUUUACACAGCAGUACUGAGUUCUCUUCUUUCAUAUGCUUACAUUGUCUUUCAUUAUUCAUGUUAUUUCUACUUAAGUUUUGCUCAUUUUUGCUUUCAUUUGAAUAUUUCUGUAUUUUACGAUUCAGCUGAUGCUGCAGAUCGAUCCUGAAAUGAAAAUAUCCAUUGUUGUUAUUAUUAUGAUUCUUAUUCAUGAUGUUAUUUUUGUUGUUUUAUUAUCGUCAUUACUAUGGCUGUACAAUGGGCCAAUGAAAUGGAUAUAUUGCAACUCUGAAAGAUCAGUGAAUAUAAUACUCGGUUUUGUGAUGACAUUUUAAUUUAAAAACUGAAGUAAUUGAUGCAUGCCACGGAUAAUUGCCUAAUGGCAGCGAUACUGUAGGAAUGCCCUGAGACCCUCGCAUAAAUAAAGUAGAACAAUACAUUUAAACUGUUGGAAUUGAUUAAAAUCACCUUCAUAGUCUAUUUUUGGCAUAUAUGACAUGCCAAUUGUUCAUACACAUAUUAGCAAUUGUGUCGAUCCGUAGAAAGUUCUAUUCAUCUGGGGGAUAUGACGUAACAAUACAAAGCGCCAUCCCCCCAAUGAAUAGAAAGCGCGAGCGGAUCUACGCCCAUGCAUGUUAGCAUCUGAGAAUCUUUUAGAUUAUUUACUGCCGGAACUUUAAAUAGGAUAAUAUAUAGAGAGUAUAUUUUUUGCGAAGGUGUGUGAAAAACACAUUUUUUAUGAAUAUCAUGUACAAGCUUAAUAGUCUAAAUCUGAAAUUUUUUCAAGUACAUCUUUCUUCAGGGCAAUUAAGAGCAAAUCAGAUGUUUACUAUGUAAGGUAGCAUAUAAACAAUCAAACAGUACUACAAAUGAUUUCAUGUAGCGAGUCAUUUUUGUUUCAUUUAUCAUCUAUGCAUCAGUUUUAUAUUUUUAUAUCGUGUGUUCUUCUUAUCAGUGGUGGUGGUGUUUUAUCAUUUUUAUUACCAUGUACAUGCAUUUUAAUUUUAUUAGACAGAAAAAUUAAAUCUUAUGUGAAUUUUUUUUAUAAUUAUGUGGAUUCUUGUUGAAAAGAAACACUUUUCUUCUGAAAUAUAUAUAUAUAUGCAUAAAUGUAUAUGAUUGUUUUCGGUAAUGUAGUCCAGCACUCACUUACAGGUUUCAUUAAUGCAUAAAAUUAUGUACAUGUAGAGGACGCCAAAAUUGCAAUAGAUCAUGUUCGUAAUGUAGUGAUAGUAUUAUUACAUUUGAAAUAUAUUUGUAUGCCAUACAUACAUAUACACUCAUGUUUUUACCUUCUUUUUUAGAAAACAUAUUUUUAAAUAUCAGACUUUCUUUGUCACUAUGAACGUUUGAAAUGACAUUUAUAUAUAUAAACUCCAUUCAGUUCCAGCAGGUUAGUAUGUCAAGCAAUUCAAGACCUUAAAUCACAAUGAAAUAACACAUGCGGAUCUAGCUGGAUCAGACGCAAUAAGCCUGUUCACGGUUGUAAACUGCGCACGAGCAGAAAAAGGUCAUUUGAGACAACCAUGAAGGUGGCUUUCAAAUUCACUGACAUAGGCAUUUGUGAUUUGAUGAUUAUUCAUGUAUUCCUUUCAAAAUAUUUAUCACAUCCAAGCUGAAGAGUAAUAAAUAGAGCCUUCAUAAUCACUGGUAUUUGACAGUAGCCUAAACAAUAGUCAAAUGUGCCAAAGGCGGACAAUAAAACAGAUUUCCAAACUUUAUCCCUGAUGUACUAUUCUAGUCACCUGGUCUAUACAAUGCCUUUUGUUCUUAGAAUUUGAAUACUCUACCGGUAAAGCUUACGCAACAUCUACAUUUAAAAAUGAUAGUGCUUAUCCUAAUGAAAAAUCACAAAGGUCAUUUAAGAAAAGUUGAUCAUGAGCUAACCGUGAACUGGCUUAUUCUUUUGAUGGGCCCACCAUUUUGCACAAACAAUUUGGCCUCAAACAUUGUAUUGCAUCUAACCCAGCUGGAAUCGCAAUUGGAAUAUGCUGUUAAUACAUAAAUUAUAGUUAUUAAUUUUGUUAUUCACAAUUCUUGUUUUCUUUACUGAUCAAUCUGGAUGAUGUAUAUAUAUUUUUUAUAAAGAUGGGAGAUCAGAUAUUUGAUCACAGUGAAAGUUCUCAACUUUCUUUCAACAUAUUUCAUGUGGUAAGAAAUCAUUAAGUGUAUUAGACUUCAUAGCAGUCAUAAUAUGAUUGAUUCAAAAUAAAAUAAUGCUCUUCUGUCUUAUAUACCACA